AAAAAAUAAUCAUGAACAAAAAAUGAAAAUUUAUGCCUGAUAAGUAGAAUUACUAACACACUCACACGAUAAUAUACAAAACAGUUCAAGUGGUUAACCUACGUCAAAUGAAAGUACUCACGAAAGUGAAAAGAACAACAAGGUACUUGAAAUUUUCGCAAAUUUGAUCAUUUUCUCGAUUCGCGGAAUACGAUUAUGGCCGGAAAAUGAUGAAGUCUAAAUUGUCAAUCUACUUUCAACCUUACGCCGGAGUUUUCUCAAUCUCGGUACUAGCGUCCCAAAAUGACACAGUUCCAGAUCAUAGAAUAUAAUUAUUUUGCUGAUAAUUGUACUCGUUAGAAUGGAUUUACUCGUGAAAGUAGUGUUAUUCGUUGGGUUUCUGACGAUCGUCGGAUUUGACUACAGUUUCGGGAUAACAUGUUAUUGCGAUGAAUGCGACAAUAACGAAUGUAACACCACCGCUGGUGGACUCUGUUUCGCAUCGAUUAUGAAGAAAAGUGAUGGCUCGGAAAAAAGAUCAUAUAGGUGCAUCGAAAAAUAUCAGUUUCUAUUUCCUGAAAAUCCGCGCGUGUGCUGGAAUCCUACGGUUUUGUUGCCAACUUACGUAAAUCUUUGUUGCAAUUCGUCGGAUUUUUGUAAUAAAAAUUUACAUCCCGAGUUGCAAUCGGUGUCAAAAAAUACCACCUCGUUAGCAAAUAUCGCACCUGCUUCAGGUGAUUACGAUUGGCCUAUUCCGGGUCCGGGGAAAUGGAGAGCUGCAGCUUUUGUUGCGCUGCCCAUAAUCAUGGUGUGCGUAUUGAGCCUGGCCGGAUUUCUCUACUACUUCAUGCGUAAAUGGAACAACAAAUAUUCCUCAGGAUAUGUCUACGAGGAAGACAUCACAAAAGCUCCCGAUCAACAACCCAUUCUAGGAGCUUCCUCGCUUCGCGAUAUGAUCGAAAUGACUACCAGUGGAUCUGGUUCAGGUUUACCGUUGCUGGUGCAGCGUAGUAUUGCUCGUCAAAUUCAAUUGGUCGAGACAAUCGGUAAAGGAAGAUUUGGAGAGGUUUGGCGAGGUCGUUGGAGAGGCGAAAAUGUCGCUGUUAAAAUAUUCUCUUCUAGAGAAGAAAGAUCUUGGUUCAGGGAAGCGGAAAUCUAUCAAACUGUAAUGUUACGUCACGAUAAUAUUCUCGGCUUUAUUGCCGCCGAUAAUAAAGAUAAUGGAACCUGGACCCAAUUAUGGCUGGUAACCGAUUUUCAUGAGAAUGGCUCCUUGUUCGAUUUCUUGAAUCGGACUACCGUGGACGUUGUUGGCAUGGUGAAAAUGGCCUACUCUAUUGCUACUGGCUUAGCCCAUUUACAUAUGGAAAUUGUUGGCACGCAAGGUAAACCUGCCAUAGCUCAUCGCGAUUUGAAAUCGAAAAAUAUACUCGUAAAGUUCAACGGAACUUGCGCUAUCGGUGAUCUUGGCUUGGCUGUUAGACACGAUGUGCAAACUGAUACAGUCGAUAUUACGCUCAAUCACAGAGUGGGAACGAAACGUUACAUGGCUCCGGAGGUUUUGGAAGAAACACUAAACAUGAAUCAUUUCGACGCGUUCAAAAGAGGCGACGUUUACGCUUUCGGAUUAAUUUUAUGGGAAAUCGCCAGGCGAUGUAAUAUCAAAGGAAUGUACGAAGAAUACCAGUUACCAUUUUACGACCUAGUUCCAUCCGAUCCAACUAUCGAAGAAAUGAGAAAAGUUGUCUGUAUCGAACGUCAACGACCCGAGAUCCCUCAACGUUGGUUCACAUCACCUCCUUUGCACGUAAUCGCAAAAGUAAUGAAAGAAUGCUGGUAUCAUAACGCUGCUGCACGAUUGACUGCCCUCAGAGUGAAGAAAACUCUUGCCACAUUGAGUACGCUAGAAGAUCUCAGAGGCUGACUUGUAUACAUUUUUUUUUCUACUUUUAACUUUUUUUCGAACUUAAUUUUUUUGUAUCGUAUUGUAUUUUAAUAUCCGUUCGUUCGUUUUGUACUACUAUUUUAUAUAAAUGUAUUACUAGGUUUUUUCGUCUGUAAUUUUUGACUACUUAAUAUGAUGGAGAAUUUUUUUAAUAUUGAUCGUCGUUUUUUUUUAUUAGAAUCGCGGAUUUUAUUUUACUAUUGAUUUGUUUUAUUGUUUUUUUUCUAUUGUCUGUUGAACUCGAAUACGUACUAAGCGUGUAAAUAUUAUAAGAUUGAGAUGUCAACGCUAAAUACGUAUUGUGUACCUUUUUUUUUCGCCCUUAUAUAUUGUAUGAGUUAUAUGAUUGACUGUUUUUCUUCGAUUUUUUUCCUCCUUUUAUUUUUAUUUUUUUGUUGUUUUUUUUUCUUUUUAAAUGUACGUACCUACGUUUAUAAAAUACGAUGUUUGCAUUUUCAUGUCAUUUAUUAAUAAAGUAUUUCUUUUCGAUAA